AUGAACAAGGUCGUUGAAGGUGAUGUUUACUUCCAGCAGCGUAGGGAUGCAACUGGAAGGUUAGGUUUAUCACCUCUCCAAAAAUGUACAGCAGCGAUAAGAAUGUUAGGCUACGGCAUGGCUGCGGACGCCGUGGAUGAAUACGUUCGGAUCAGUGAGUCAACCACUCGAGUUGCCCUUCAACGUUUUUGUACCGGGGUCAUUGAUCAGUUCGGAACCGAGUACAUGGGAAACCCUACAGCUGAUGAAUUGGCUAGAAUACUGCAUCAAAAUGAACUGCGUGGUUUUCCAGUGUUCGAUGAGGUUCUGCAUGGUCGAGCUCCUCCGGUAAAUUUUACCGUUAAUGGCCAUGAAUACAACAUGGCAUAUUACUUAGCCGACGGUAUUUAUCCGAAGUGGGCAACUUUUGUUCAGGGUAUCACAACCCCUCAACUUCAAAAAGAUAAAUUGUUCGCUGACCACCAGGCUGCUGCUCGAAAGGACGUUGAAAGAGCAUUCGGUGUUUUGCAAGCUCGAUUUGCAAUAAUACGAAAACCGUCACUAGCGUACGAUGAGGACAUACUGCGAGACAUAAUGAAAGCAUGUAUCAUUAUGCACAACAUGAUUGUUGAAGAUGAGCGCCACAACUACACUCGAGCCGAAGUCCUAAGAGCCUUCUAUAAAGAAGAUCAACAAGAAUCAACACCAGCAUCAACAUCUACAACACCACCGUUUGAAUUCAACGUAGGCCGACCUACCAACUUUGACUUUAACGCAUUUCUACAGCGAAAAGCUUCCCUCCGUGACAGAGAAAUUCAUCUAUCUCUGAAACGUGAUUUAGUCGAACAUAUUUGGCAACGAUACGGGCCACGUAAUUAG